AGUAAAAACAAGCGAAAGUGAAGAAACAUCAGAACUGCUAAACAUUAUUUUAAAUCAAUUUAAACUAUUUUUUGUGCAUUAGUUCGUUACUAAAACACAAUGACUGUCCCGAUGGUGUAUCUAACCCGAAAGGAAAGCUUUAGUGCUUGCCAUCGCUUGCAUAGCCCAUUUCUGAGCGAGGAACUGAAUCGACAGGUCUACGGAAAAUGCAAUAAUCCCAACGGGCAUGGCCACAAUUAUACGGUCGAGGUCACUGUAAGAGGACCGGUAGAGGCAAAAACGGGGAUGGUCAUGAACAUUACGGAUUUGAAGCAAUAUAUGGACCAAACAAUUAUGAAAAAGCUUGAUCAUCUCAAUCUUGACAAAGAUGUUCCGUAUUUCAAGAAUCUGCCGAGUACCACCGAGAAUGUAGCCAUAUUUAUCUGGGAUAGCCUGAAGCUAGUCAUGCCAAAAUCGGAACUUUUGUACGAAGUUAAGAUCUAUGAAACGGACAAAAAUUCAGUUAUCUAUCGGGGCCAAAAGUUUGACGAAGCUCGCCGUUACCACCAUCACCAGAACGAGCUCAAUACAACCAGUGACAACGUGUGCUCCUCGAAUCUAUCAUCUGACUCAGACAGCUAGGCAAUCGUGAUAAUCAAAGGCUGUCGAACAUAUCGGCAUUUUCCACAGGGAAAGGGCAAAGUUUGAUGCAAAGGAUUGACGGAACUCGUGCAUUUUCUUAUAUAGGUAGGAGUUCUCACUGACAGGUAUUAUUUUUCAGGCUUAUUUUGUUACGAUGCUUUAAUGAAGCGAAUAAUAAAAUUAGCAACAUUUGACCUCUUUAAAAUUUAUAAUAUAACAGCAAAGUACAUCGCUUAU